AUGGACGAUGCCCUCCGUGUCAAGAAGCUCAAGGAGGAAAAGCAGAUGAGGCUUAGCCGUUUCUGUGCUCCCAAAGAAAAGCAGGAAGACUUCUAUCGUUAUUUGGAGUCACUAAAAAUCAAAAAGAUGCCCCAGACAACUGGGAUUUUGUUCGCUCUCCUUGAACCAAGAUCCCAUCGCUUUAACGCAAUUGCUUUUCAAAAGUGUCUUGCUGAGUGGCUCUGCGCGGCGAGUAUUCCUGCACAUCUCACACAGAAUGAUUACAGCAAGUGGAUAGUCAGUGGGAGGGAGGGGAUGGAAGCAUUGAAGAGCCGAAGGAGGGAAGAUGGCUUUAAGAAAUACUUUGGCCUAGAAAUUUCCUCUCGAAUAUUCAAGCUUGAUUCCGUUAACUUCGCGUAUAACACGAUUAACAGGUUGUGGGCUACACUUGAUGGCGUAUUGCGGAUUGUUUGCCAUUGGGAUCACCUUCUCCCUCUCAAUGCUAAGCAUGGCUAUGCACAUAGUCUAUACUUUGCUGCAGAGGAUCGACCAGAUGACAAACAAGAGCUAGAAUUCAUGCUGAGGGAGGAAGCAGAGACGUUAAACAUAGGGACGCCUUGA